AUGAAGGCGAAGACAGACUCGCCAAUUUCCAGACUACCAGCAGAACUUCUCAUAGAAAUAUUCGCAUUAUGCAGUCUAGCUGCCUCCCCAGACCCAUACAUUCCUCUCACGAUAUCCAAAGUCUGUUCUUUCUGGAGAGAGGUGCUAUGGAUCUCACCUCGUGCGUGGCAGUUCAUCAGGGUGCAGGAUAGUGACCGUUCUAUCGCAUCCAUAAGGUCUCAGAUCGAACUGUGGAUAGCCCGGUCUGCACCCUUGCCAUUUGACCUCCACCUCGAACUAGCAGACACCACGCGGUUGCUACCCAUCAUCUCCUGCUUCUUCCCGCAUCUCGAUCGCUGGAGGAACUGCACAAUCGCAACCGAAGGAAACAGGGUGCUCACCAGUUUCCCCAACCUCAUCCAUUCAGCACCCUGUCGUACACUUCACCGUCUAGACAUAAACGUCCGAGGUUCCGACGACAUCGAUGACGACGAAAUCCUCUUGUAUUCCUGCGGGUCAACCGCCUUCCGUCACAUCUCUAUGAGAAUCUUCGUUCCAAAGCUCCCACUCGCCCAUACGAUGAACCCCUUGCAUUUCACUCAUCUCAACAUAGCAGAGCACUCUUUCGAGCACACCUUCGAGGAAAACCUUCGAUCCAGCGAGCUGCUUGACUUUCUCGCUGCAUGUCCCCAGUUGGAACAUUUACAUCUACAGGGAACUUCCUUUGACGAAGGCUCUUCUCCUUACCAACCCACUCCUCGCGUAGUCUCCCUUCCUCGAUUGCAAAAACUUAUGUUGCGAUGCAUGUGCACGCAGCGCAGCAUUCUCUCGCAUCUACACACUCCUGCUUUGCGCGAACUCCACCUCAUCUCAAUCAACAUUGACCUCAUGCUCAGCCCAUAUCACGCGACCGAGGAAGGUGAUAGCGACGACGAAGCACACGAUUUUUCGCAGUCUCCUUGGAGUGACCAUCAGACGGGAAUGGGUUUGCGCAAACUACUCACGCGCUCAAACCCCCCUCUCGAGGUGCUUGAUAUGGACCUUAGCGACAUGAGAACUAAAGACUUCCGAUGGGUAUUCGACAAACUGGAAAAUCUCAAGCAUUUCUCUAUCAUCGGUUCAGACAUGUCGAACAAGGUCAUACAAUUCUUCAAACCAAUGUGCUUGUUGGAGGAUGGCGACGGUGUUAACGUGCGAGUUCGCAUGCCGCGGCUAAGAACGCUCAAAUUGUAUAGCUGUCAGCAAUUCUCUGGAGAGGCUCUCGUUGACGCUCUCAGUAAACGCAUCCUAUUCACUGAUAAGGCAACUCCGGGCUCCACACUGACAGAGGUGGUCAUAUCUGACUGCAGAGGUUUUACCCCUCGCCACGCUCAGGAUCUUUCUUGGAGCCUCAGAAACCGUUUGCAUUGGUCGUAA